ACCGACAAAACCCCAUGGGAUUGAAAAAGAGCACGGCAGCGCUCCUAAAUGUCCAUCCUACCCCUCACAAUCGCACAAAUCCCUUACUUAUUAUUGCGCUGAUAUCUCACAAAUUUAGGAAAUGAUAGGGGCAUUGUGGUAAUGUAGUCCAACUUUAUUCGACAGUCACAGGCUCGCAGUCCUCCACCUCAUGUUCGCGUGAGGUUCUCCCCAGUCCCGACCCAAACCUCAUAAACCCUUUCAUAACAGUCAUUAGCUAUAGUGAGAGAGAGAGAGAGAGAGAGAGCACGUUUCAGAGAGAGAGAGAACAGGGUUGAUAAUGGCGACGGAGCUUCCAGAUGAUUUCAGGUGUCCCAUAUCGUUGGAGGUAAUGUCUGACCCGGUGAUACUGUCAUCGGGCCACACAUUUGAUCGGUCGUCGAUCCAGCGGUGGCUGGAUUCCGGCCAUCGGACCUGUCCUAUUACCAAGUUGCCCCUGCCCGAACACCCUUCUCUCAUCCCCAACCACGCCCUCCGAAGCCUAAUUUCCAAUUUUGCUCAAAUCUCUCCGGCUAAUCCAAAACCCCACCCGGACCCAGAACCCAAAACCCUAAUUUCAACUCUCGCGUCGCCGUCCUCUGCCCUCGACGCCAAACUCGACUCGCUCGAUCAACUCAACCGUCUCUCGAAGCGAAGUCCUGCUUUUCGUCAGCGACUCACCGAAUCAGGCGCUGUUUCUGCUGUCCUCAAGUGCGUCGGCUCGGACGAUCCGACUCUCCAAGAAAAAGCGCUGACUCUGCUUCUGAAUCUCAGUUUGGAUGACGAUAAUAAGGUUGGGUUGGUGGCGGAGGGCGCAAUCGGCCGAAUCGUGGCGGCGUUGCACGGCGGCACGCCGGAUUGCCGGGCGGUGGCGGCAACUAUGCUCACGAGUUUGGCCGUUGUGGAAGUGAAUAAAGCUACGAUUGGUGCGUACCCAUAUGCUAUGAGAGCUCUGGUUUCGCUUCUUCGGGACGGGAAAGGGAGGGAGAAGAGAGAAGCCGCAACGGCGCUUUUUACCCUUUGUUCUUUCCCGGACAAUCGGCGGCGAGCUGUGGAGUGUGGGGCUGUGCCAAUUUUGAUCAGAAUUUCCGAUUCAGGGCUCGAGAGGGCCGUUGAGGUUCUCGGGCUUUUGGCAAAAUGUCGGGGGGGUAGGGAGGAAAUGGGAAAAUUCACCGUCUGUGUGCCCAUUUUGGUAAGGAUUUUGAAGAAUGGGAGCUCGCGCGGGGUACAAUAUGCGCUGUUAGCGCUGAAUUCACUUUGUUGUUACAGUGAGGAGAUGUGUUUGGAGGCGAGGAAAGAAGGGGUUGUGGAGAUUUGUAUGGGGCUGUUGGAGGAUGACAAUGAAAAGAUUAGGAGAAAUUCUUCGAGUUUGAUUCAGGUUCUGCAGGGAAACUGGUCGAUUGGGUGAUUUUGAAUGAAUCUGGUUUUUGGGAGAUUUUGAAGGAGAUGAAAUCAAAGGCGUCGGUUUAGUGGGCAAGUGUUUAUUAUCUGGUCUACCCCCCUGUUGGUGAGUUCGUUUUUUGUUUGGGUCUCCUUUGUUGGAUAGGUCGUGUACAAAAAAAUGAUUAGAUUUUAGUGGGGAUAUGGAUUUUUUUUUUUUUUCGUUUUUGUUUUUGUUUUAAUUUUAAUUUUGUACAUUCGAAUAAAAAUUGACGUAUAUGAGCUCCCUGCUUUAGUUGUUUCAAUUGGGAAGCUCAAAUUGUUUAUCUGAAUUGUAGUUUUCUCAGUUAAGAAAAGAAAUUGCGACUCUGCUAGCAUA